AUGGGCUGCCUACGACCAGCGACACCUGGCUUCAUUGUCACCCUCGUUGCUACUAUCCUCCUGGCCGUCGUCUCCUUUUGCGUCCCGUAUUUCAAGUCUAUCUACUUCCUCAAGGCCAAUAUCACCGUCGAAAAUUAUAAUGGCUCAAUUACAUUCGGUACUUUGGGAUACUGCCUGCAACUUCCAACCGGCACAACAUGUUCUAAACCUUCCGUUGGUUACGAGCUUGACAUCAAUGGACUUAUUGGCAACGACUCUCGUAUCCAAAUCCCUCAAGUCGCCGUCAAAUGGAUAACAUACGCAUUGGUGCUCCAUAUUGUCGCACUCGUUGGCGCCGCAGGAUCGGCCGUCUUUGGCUUGCUUGCACACGUCCGCGAAAUGUCGAUGGCGUGCUGCAGCACGUUUGUCUCUGGAUUCGCAGCCGUUAUCGCUAUGCUCGCCUUCAUCUUCGACAUGGUCCUGUUUUUCGUCGCGAAGGCCAGGAUUAACGCCGUGGGAAGCGCAGAAAUCGGUAACGCCAUUUGGUUGACGCUCGCAGCAUGGCUACUCCUCUUCUUUAGUGGGUGCUUCUACACCCUUGGAAGAUGUUGCAUCAGCAAACGGCCGAGUGGCGGUGGAAAGAGACAGGACGAAGGGGGAAUACCUUGGGGGAACAAAGAUGUUGAGACGGGACCCAACAAGGAUUAUGCGGAGCAAAUGCGCUUGGAUGCUGUCAAAGCGGAGGCAGACCGCAAAGCUCGACAGAAGCAAGGCGAAGGAGGUCUUCCUGCCUUCUACGAGUCACAACCUCUGACGGCCCAUGUUGACGGCGAUCGCGUACUUCUUGAGGGGGACCACAACGAAAGCCAAGUCAAUCUCGCAGGUACCAGUGCGCCUCCAGCUCGACACACAGGAUACGUCCCAGCUGCUCCUGGUACUCGGGCAACCGACGACUAUUACUCGCCCCAACCACAGACGCCCGGAAAUAACAGCUACCCGCCUCAGCAAAAUCUCAGCCGUCAAAGGAGCGAAUAUUCUACAUAUACAGCAAAUGUCCCCCACAGUCCCUCUCCCCAGAAUUCCCUGCCAACACAAGGGACUGCGUACUCUGCGGCGGGUGGUUAUGGACAGCCCUCCAAUUAUCCAUACAACGUUCCGAUGACCACUUCACCUCCGCCUUCCAAUCAAAUGUUGGCGCCGCCAGGGCAAUAUACAUCAGAUCAAUACGGACGAGACUAUGGACACACCAGCGGCGGAACGUCAUACCACAGCGCAUCUUCUCAUGUGCAACAGCCGUCAAGCUACUCUCAGUAUGACCCUUAUGGAUCGCAGCCCCAGCCUCAGCCCCAAUAUGCUGAGCCUGCCUACAACUCUGAUCCCUACAACAACACCCCCACAAGUCCACCGAUGCCGCAGGCUAGCACCUAUGCCGCCUCAAAUCCGUACUACGGCGCCUCCUCAUCACCGCCGCCACAACAAGGCCGCGGCCAGCCCGAGCGUAGCUACACACUCGGCGGCGACGGGUAUGGUAUGAAUUCUGUGCCGCCGUUACCCGAGCACAGCACACCAGGUGGGGCGUACUACGCAUACGGAGGAGACCAGCAGCCGCAGCAUAUCAACCCAUACGCUCCUUCCCCUAUCGACACUAACACUGGUUAUGCAGCGCAGCCUGUGCAUACGAGCCCAGUGAAGGGCCCGCGCGCACAACCGGGGGCGAUUCCCGAGGACUCGCCUCCAGGCUACGAGCCGGGUACAUCUGGUAUCACUGGGAACUGGGGCAAGCGGUAG